CAUUAAAUAUAAAGAAUAGUAUCCUUUAUAUUUACUACUUAUUAAUUAGAUAAAACGCAUGUAUAUUAUAAAUAAAUAGAAUGUUAAUAAGCUAAAAUAAAGCAUAAUUUAUGCUUUAUUUUAGCUUUUAUAAAUAAAAAAAACAAAAUUUAAACCAUUAAAUUAAAAAAAUGCCUAAAUUUAACAAAAAUUUAUUAAUUGGAAAAAGUCCAAAUAGUCAAAUAUUUAAGGAUUAUAAAAAUUCUUUAUCUUCUUUAACAAAGAUUCAAUGGGAAUCAGCGAUCGGUCUUGUAUUAGGAGAUGCUAGCUUACAAACUCAAAAUAAAGGUAAAACUUAUAGAAUGAAAUUUGAGUGGUCUGAUAAAAAUAAAGCUUAUUUAGAUCACGUUUAUAAUUUAUUUGAUGAAUGGGUAAUAUCCCCACCUCAUAAAAAAUCUAGAAUAAGUCCUAAAGGGAAUCUUGUAGUAAAUUGGGGUUUCCAAACUAUAAGUCACACAGCCUUUAAUCCUUUAGCCGAAUUAUUUUUGCUGAAUGGAAAAAAAGGUAUAUCUCAAUCACUGAUUAAAUUACAUUUAACGGGUAGAGGUUUAGCUUAUUGGUUUAUGGAUGAUGGGGGUAAAUUAGACUACAAUAAAAACUCCAAAAAUAAGAGUGUAGUUUUAAAUACUCAAAGCUUUUCGGAUUUAGAGGUAGAAGCUAUGGCUAAAGAAUUAAGUUCUAAAUUUAAUUUUACCUGUGAAGUUCGUUCAAAUAAAGGAAAAAAAAUCAUUGUAAUAAAUUCUGUAAGUUAUAGCUUAUUUAGAGAAUUAGUAGAUCCGUAUAUAACACCUGAAAUGGCUAAUAAAUUACCUUAGCUGAUAC